AUGGUACCUAUGGUACACAUGGUACCUAUGGGAUUUAUGGUACCAAUGGUUUCUAUGAUACCUAUGGUACCUAUGGUACUUAUGGUAUCUAUGGUAUCUAGGGUGCCCUAUCGUAACUAUGGUAUCUCUGUCAUCUAUGGUACCUAUGGUAACAAUCUCACCUAUUGUACCUAUGGUAUCUCUAUGGUACCAAUCUUACCUAUGCUACCUAUGGCAUCUAGAGAACCUAUGGUACCUCUGGCAUCUAUAUUAUCUAUGAAAACUAUGGUAUAUAUGAUACCUAUGGUACCUAUGGUACUUAUGGUAUCUAUGGUAUCUAUGGCGCCCUAG